AAUAAUUGUACUAUGACUUUCGUCCCAUUAAUUAUACAUUAUACAUUACACACUAUCUUUUUUCUGACCAUAAGUCGAUUGGUAAUCGACAUUUGUACUGUAACGCUGUCCAAACUAUCGCGAGAUUUGAUGAUAUGAUAUGAUAUGAUAUGAUAUGACAUGUCAGAUGAACGCACUCAACAACUAUAUAAAAGACUAGCUCUUCCUUUAGCCGAGGCCAUUCGUCCUCAAACAUUAUCGGAAUAUAUUGGUCAACAUAAUCUUAUUAAUUCAGAAGAUGGAGCUAUAUGGAACUUUAUCCGAUUAGGUUACUUACCUUCCAUGAUACUUUAUGGACCUCCAGGAGUUGGAAAGACAACUAUAGCAUCUUUAAUAGCCAAACGAUGUGGAUAUGUAUUUAUAGAACUAUCAGCCACCGAUGCAACAGUACAAGAUUUGAAGGAUUUACUGACAUCAAUAGAACAAGAGAAUAUAUCAAGAUCAUCCCAAACCAAUGAUAAUCAAAGUCCAUUAAAAGUAGUAAUAUUUAUAGAUGAAAUCCAUCGAUUUUCUACUACCCAGCAAGAUUUCUUACUACCAUAUGUUGAAAACGGGAAUUUUGUAUUUAUUGGUGCAACCACCAUCAACCCUCAAAAGAGAAUACGACGAGCCAUAUUAUCAAGGUGUCAAAUAUUUAAACUUGAACUAUUAAGUUCUGAAGAAAUAGGUCUUAUUGUCAAAGGAGCUAUUUUAUUUGAAAAUAUCAGAAGACGUCAUAUUCAUAAUUUAAAGUUCUUAUCAUACAAUCAGGAAUGUUUGAAUUUAGUAAUUACUCGUGCUCAAGGUGAUACUAGAAUUGCUAUUGGAUUAAUUGAAUUAAUUGGUACCAAAUAUUCUAAUGAAUCUUAUCAAUGUAUAGCAGAAGAAUCUAAUACUCCUAUUGAAUUACAUGUUACUGACCUAAUUCAAGCAAUAAAAUCAUUAAAGUAUUCAUUAUAUGGUUUACAAGAUGCUAAUAACAUUAAGCAUUUUAAAAAUUUGUUUAAGGCAUUGAAGGGAACUUAUGAGGAUGAUAUGAGUUCAAUGCAAAUGUCAGAUACUCAAACAAAAUCAAAGAAUCAAGAAGUAACUGUCGAAGACGAUGAAGAUGAAGAUUUCUUUCUUGAUGAUUUCAAGAGUCAGCAAUUAGAUGAUUCAAUACCAAACUAUGAAUAUUUACAUCAAAUGCAAGUAUCUGAUGAUAGUGAUAUUGAAGAAGAGGGUGAUAUCUAUGGUGUAACAGAGAGUGAAACAAAACCCAUAGAUGCAAAUAAUGUGUCAUCACUUGAGUUCUUUCAAUUUCUAGCAGUAUUUUAUAUAGAAUUACUAUUGAAGAAUGGUGAAUCACCCAUGUUUAUUGGUAAACAGUUAGUACUAUUUACUAUACUCUAUACUGAAACAGACUUGUGGUCAUUGAGAAAAGUUUUAAACCAAUUGAAGGCAUUGAAGUACUCAAAUGCUGAUGUCCAUAUCACACUAGCCAAUACAGUAGAAUGGAUAGCCAAACAGCCACGAUUGAAGUUGACACCAGAGAAUGAUAUUAGGAGCCAAUUACAGCUUCUAAAGAGUUAUCAUAGUCGGAAUUCUAAGGUACCAACCAGUUCUACUACGACCGCAACCACAACUAGCACUAGCCUUCAGUAUACUAUAGAUUACGAUCCAGCAGCUGUAUCAAGAGCAUUACAAGACCAUACACAAUACGACGAAGGCAUAGAUCAGAAUCCAGGCUUCUUAGUCCAGAACUUGGAGGACUUCAAAGAAGGUGAUGAUAUUAAUAUGGGUACCAGUUUUUAGGUGUAAAAAAAAUUAGCAAAAAUAUAAAAUAAAAUAUAAAAUGGGCGC